GCAGCACUGAUGGGAAAGGAACCCUGAUUUGGAGACCAAAGUCGGAGGCCCUGGUGUGGGAGGGUGUUUGUGUCUCACUAUAGUCUACAUCUGUGAGGGCAUUUGUCCAGGUUCUCUGCGUUGUCCUUGCAGUGGUCUUGCGGCACAGACAGGACAAGUGUCCCCACUUGGAGAUCAGGAGCCUAGGAGCAGGUGCACACGGCAGCUGGGAGCCAGACCUCUGCUCACCGUGGGCCUGUGCGGCUCCUGGGCAGUCAGAGCUGAACUCCAAUGUCCAGCAAUGGAUGACGACAGCCUGGACGAACUUGUUGGCCGAGGCCGAGGGCUAGAUGGACACCGGAGACUCAGUCCUGCUGGCCCGGCCAGUGAUGCGGAAGGAAGCAGUGAGGACCGCAGUGGAGGCUCCGAGGAUGAGGCCGACACAGGCAGUGAGCACAGUGACGAAGACGAGGAGGGGGCCCUGGAGGACGGGUCUGGCUCGGAAGACUCCGAAGAAGACGGUGAUGACGUGGACACGUUCAUGACCGUCACGGACACUCAGGGGAAGCUGGAAGCCGACUGUGCGUUUAAUUCUGAUGAUGAUUCCGAGAGCUGCCCGAUUUGCCUCAACACUUUCAGGGACCAGGCUGUGGGGACACCUGAGAACUGCACCCAUUACUUCUGCCUCGACUGCAUCGUGGAGUGGUCCAAGAAUGCCAACUCCUGUCCAGUUGAUCGAACUACAUUUAGAAGUAUUUGUAUUCGAGCUCAGUUUGGCGGUAAAAUUUUGAAGAAGAUUCCAGUGGAGAAUGCCGGAGCUGGGGAGAACGAGGAGGAAGACCCGACCUUCUGUGAGGUGUGCGGACGGAGUGACCGGGAGGACCGCCUGCUCCUGUGUGACGGCUGUGACGCCGGGUACCACAUGGAAUGUCUGGACCCCCCUCUCCAGGAGGUGCCAGUGAACGAGUGGUUCUGUCCAGAAUGUGCUGUCCUCGGAGCUGCCCCUGCCGCUGAUGUGGAUCCUGUGAGCGAGGAGGAGGUAUCCCUGCUCUUGGCCGACGUGGUGCCCACUACCAGCCGGCUUCGGCCCCAGGCAGGGAGGACCCGAGCCAUCGCCAGGACGCGGCAGAGUGAGAGAGUCCGAGCCACCGUGAACCGGAACCGGAUCUCCACGGCCCGGGGGGUCCAGCACGUCCCAAGGUACCUCAUGUCUUCCCUGCUGGAUGAGACCAUCGAAGCCGUGGCCGCUGGCCUGAGCACUGCUGUGUACCAGCGCCCCACAACGCCACGAGCCCCUGCCCGCCGGAGGAGGAAAGCAGGAAGACGGAAGAAAGCGUCGGGAAGAAGGAAGACCCAGCCCAGGUCAUCUGUGAAGAGCAAGAACUCAGGGACGAGGUUGAAGAAACGCCAGGGUCGUGGGAAGAAGAGAAAAGGGAAAAAGAUAAAGUGUGAAGCCACAGCUCGUACCCGCCUCGCGCGGACACUGGGCCUCCGGAGGCCAGCCCAUGGAGCCUGCGUCCCCUCGGUGUACAAGCCCGCGGACCCCUCUCUGGGGCUGAUGCGUGCGGACAUCGGGGUAGCCUCUCUCUCCCUGUUCGGAGACCCCUAUGAGCUGGACCCCUUUGACAGCAGUGAAGAGGUGCCUGCAACCCCUGCUUCCCCUCUGAGUGCCAAGAGGAGGGUUCUGUCCCAGUCAGCCCUGCGCUCUCACCAGCCUGUGGCCAGGCCUGUCUCCAUGGGGCUCUCCAGGAGGAGCGCCCCUGCCCCGGUGCCCCAGCCAGAAGUCCACGAGGACGCCGUGCCUGACCUGCUGGGCAGCAUCCUGUCGGGCCAGAGCCUCCUGAUGAUGAACGGCGCCGACAUCAUCAUCCACCGGGACGGGUCCCUCAGCGCCAAGAGGGCAGCUCCAGUUUCCCUUCAGAGAAGCUCAGUGGGUCCACCUGGAGAGGGAGAAGACCCCGGGCCUGGGCCCUGCCUGCAGCCCAGAGGGACUCACUCAGGAAGCCAGCCACAGAGCUUAGGGUCCAGGUGUCCAGGCAGGGCCACCCCAGGCACACCCCCGGCUCCACCUGGCCCUGCCUGUGUUCCUGCACCUGUGUCGGGGGCCCCUGUGAGACUAGAGUCCUUGGUGACCCCUCAGGCGGGCCAGGCCCAGAACUUGUCCAGCGUGAGCAGACCUGGCUUAAAACAGAGUGACGACUCACGAUUGAACGGCGACGCCAGGCGCUCUAUACCUCUGAGAUCAGUGUCGUCGAAGACCUCGGGUGGUCGCUCUGACUCGCCCCCUGGAAGUGUGGUGCCAGCACAGGCCCCGAGACCCACUCCCAGGAGAGCUGACAUCGCCAGGCUGCCCAGGAUACCAAAGAUCAGGAGAGACGAGAGCUGCGGCCGGCGGGAGGACGAGGCCCCCACGGGCGGGCAGCAUGUCGACAUCCCCAGCUCCUGCAUCAGCCGGCUCACGGGCCGGGAGGGCCCUGGGCAGCCCAGCUGCGGUGCCCGGGUGGAGGGCGAGCCCGGCAGCAGGGGCACGCAGGAGCCCAGCACACCUUCUGGGGGUGGCCCCCAGCCCCCCCCCCUGCCUGGCCCCUCCAGGGGGAAGGGUGUCGGCUCGACCUUUGAGAGCUUCAGGAUCAAUAUUCCUGGGAACACAGCCCACUCCAGCAGACUCCCCAGCCCUGGCUUCUGUAACACCUUCCGGCCUGUGGACAGCAAGGCGCAGAGGAGAGAGAGCCCCUCGCCCCUCUUCGCCGUCAGGAAGACGAAGCAGCUCAAGAGCGAGAUCUACGAUCCCUUCAACCCCACGGGCUCUGACUCCAGCUCCGCCGGCAGCAGCCCCGAGCGCCUGGGCUCCAGCCUCCUGCCCUCUGAGAUCACCCGGACCAUUUCGGUGGACAGCCCGAGGGCCCCAGCACGGCCGCCCGUGCGUUGCGUCACCUCCUACACAGUGCAGACUGGCUUUGGGAAGGAGCCCCAGCCCCCCCAGGGGCCCUUUGGGCAGCCUGAGCUCCAGGACAAGGAGGAGCCCACUGAGGGCCAAGGCGCUGCCAAACAGGUGCAGGGGGCGUCCCCGCCCGAGCCCUGGGGGGACGAGGACCGGCCACCCUGCAGCUCCUUCUUUGGCUCCGAGGGGCGGAAAGUGACCUGUGUGACUGUGGCGGAGCCGGACGCGCCACCCAGCCCCAACGCCUUGCACACAACCACCCACAGGGUCGUGGAGCUGCGGUCCCCCACCCGCUCCCGCUCCACAUCCAGCUCCCGCAGCAGGAAGAAAACCCAGAGGCAGCAGGCCACCAGCAGGGAGCAUGGGAGGGCCCGCUCCGGUUCCCGUUCGUCCCACUCUGGGGACAGGAGCUCUCGGUCGGCAUCGCCACCAGCGGGUGAGGACCCGGCCAAGAGGCACCGACCCAAGGUCCGGAGCCGGAGGUCUUCCAGUGACCGCUCCAGCAGCCAUGAGCGAGCCAAGCGGAAGAAGGCCAAGGACAAGAGCCGAGAGAGGAGGAGGGGCUCCUGGGGCCAAGGCCGGCGCAGGUCCCGCUCUGGCAGCCCCGGCAGCUCCUCCUACGAGCACCGCGAGGGCAGGAGGAAGAAGAGGCGGAGGUCCGGGUCCAGGUCUCGGGGGAGGGAGUGCUCGCCCCCCAGCAGCCUGGAGAGGUCCCGUAGGCCCAGGCACCCCAGGGAAAGGAGGGAGCGGCCCCGAGAGAGGCGUGGCUCCCGGGAGAGGAGGAAGCGCAGGUCCAGGUCACCAAGCCCGGAGCACAGGUCCCGGGAGCACCGGCGGCCUCGUUCCCGUGAGAAGCGCCCACGGCCCCGCCCCCGCUCCCCAGAGAGGAAGCUGGCCCCGAAAGAGGCUUCUCCGGCGCCCCCUGCCCCAGAGGAGCCCAGGCCAGACAGGGAGCACCUGGCCCGGCCCCCGGCCUCAGCAGGAGCAGACGCCUUGCUGGAGGGGGUCGAGGCAGACAAGGGUCCCCCAAAGGCCGCCCCAGUCCCAGAGGCACCAGCCGAGUGUCCACUCGAGGACCUGGAUUACGGCGACUCUGUCGAGGCGGGCCACCUCUUUGAGGACUUUUCAAGUGAAGCCAUCUUCAUGCAGCUUGAUGACAUGAGCUCUCCACCCUCCCCUGAGAGCACAGACUCCUCCCCAGAGCGAGGCCUCCCGCCCAAGCCUGCUGUGCCUCCAACCAGCCAGCAGCAUGAAGCCAGCCUGGCCAUGGCCACGGCUGCCAUCAGGAGGGAGGUGUCGCUGAUCCACAGUGAAGAUGCCACACAGCUCCUGCCCCAGACAGAGGGCCCCCAAGAGAAGCACUUGCUCCCACAGGACGUGGCUGAGGCCACCACAGUGCCCAGCACCCUGGGUGGCCAGGCCGUGGGUGGGGCGCCCGUGGUGAAGGAGGAAGGUCCUUCUCAGAACCCCUUGCUACGGGCUAAGGCUCUGGUGAAGAGAGUCACCUGGAACCUCCAGGAGGCAGAGAGCAGUGCCCCAGCCGAGGACAGAGGCCUGCGGAUGCCGCUCCACAGACCACAGAAGCCCCGGGAAGGGGUCCGGGAAACCGAGGACGUGGGCCCUGUGGCUGCGUUCCAGCAGGCACCUUUCUCUGAGUCGCUUCCCCCUGGUUACGUGCUUCGGGACUCUGGCUUUCCCGAUGCCAACCCCUCUCAGGUAUAUGGCCCUAACCUGCCUCCCGCCCUGGCUCUGCCUCUGAGCAUCCCGCCCUACGCACCUGUCAGCCAGCCCACAGUCCAGUUCAUCCUGCAGGGGAGCCUUCCCCUGGAGGGCUGCGGGGUGGCUCAGAGCCCAGCCCCUGUACCCGCCAUCCUGACCACAGCCUCAGAGCCACCUGGCCACGCGGCCGCCACUGCUGCCACCACUGCCAACAACUCUGAGGAGAGGACAGCUGCUCCCAGGCCAGCCUCAGAGAAGGCCAAGAACGAGGAGUACAUGAAGAAGCUGCAUGUGCAGGAACGGGCUGUGGAGGAGGUGAAGUUGGCUAUCAAGCCCUUCUACCAGAAGAGGGAGGUGACAAAGGACGAGUACAAGGACAUCCUUCGCAAGGCCGUGCAGAAGAUCUGCCAUAGCAAGAGCGGGGAGAUCAACCCGGUGAAGGUGGGCAACCUGGUGAAGGCCUACGUGGACAAGUACCGGCGCAUGCGCAGACACCGGAGGGCCGAGGCCAGCGAGGAGCCGCCUGCCCCGGGCCCCGAGGGCUAAGGCCCACCCAGCGCCGUCCUGGCUGGAGUGGAGGAAGCAGAAAAUUCUGGGGACACCCAGAACUCCUGUUUUCAGGGUUCCUGUGAUCACACGUGGUCUGUGCACCUGUCCUGCUCACAGUUUAAAACUAGACUUUUUUUUAUUUGUACAUUAUAGAUACACACUGUU